AUGAGUGUGACUUCAGAUGCUGCUGUAAAUAGCAGCCCAGCAUCAAAUCAGCAUGUUGCAAGUACUAUUGAUCAAUUAAAUGAGCGAUUGACCAAACCAGAACCUUCAAAAAUGUCAGCCGAGACUCAAGCAAGUGACUCUGCAUUUUCGCUUCAGCUCAUAGAUGAAAACAAGAACUUUAAUGACAAAUUGUUAACAUACAUAAAUCGAUUUACAGAUCAAACAGACUCUAGUGGUCUCAACUAUCAUAUUGUGUCUGUGUUCGGUUCCCAAUCUACAGGAAAGUCUACACUAUUGAACGGAUUGUUUGGCACAAAGUUUGAUGUUAUGGAUGAGAAAAAAAGACAGCAGACCACAAAAGGUAUCUGGUUUUCGCACGCAAAUUAUAUAGCGAGUGAAAGUUUGCCGGAAAAGCGGCAAGAUAAUAGUAAGCACAUAUUUGUGCUUGAUGUUGAAGGUGUGGAUGGAAGAGAGAAGGCUGAUGAUAAGGAUUUUGAAAGAAAAUCGGCAUUAUUUGCUCUAGCGUCGACUGAAGUGCUUAUUAUAAAUAUCUGGGAACAUCAAGUGGGUCUUUACCAAGGUGCAAAUAUGGAGUUACUCAAAACAGUCAUGGAGGUCAAUCUCAGCUUAUUCCAUUCCAGCAAACAGAAGUGUCUAUUAUUAUUUGUUAUUCGUGAUUUCACAGGUGUCACGCCUUUGUCAAAUCUUGCUGACAGCUUGAGGUCAGACUUGAAUCACAUAUGGCAAGAAAUGACAAAGCCGGAAGGAUGUGAGAAUGAGGAAAUUCAGUCUUAUUUUGAUUUGGAUUUCUUUAGUAUUGCUCAUAAACAUUUCCAAUCUGAAGAAUUUGCUAAAAACAUUAGGCAACUAGGUGAUAGAUUUUCUUCAGAAGAUAGUUUAUUUAAACCAAAAUAUCAUCGGGGAAUUCCAAUAGACGCGUGGGCCGUCUAUUCCAGACAGAUAUGGGAACAAAUUGAACUUAACAAGGAUUUGGAUUUACCGACUCAACAAAUUCUUGUUGCACGGUUCCGUUGUGAUGAAAUUUCAGCUGAAGUUUACAAGGAGUUCUAUGACGUUUUUAAUCAAAUUAAUUUUGAGAACAUUAAAUCAGAUGAGGAUAUUGCCGAGAAGAUGAAAUCCGUUCGUUCUGAUGCUUUGAGUGCAUAUGAUGAGCAGGCCUCUCGUUAUCAAAAUUCUGUUUUUGAGGAGCGUAAAAAAAAGCUCGAAGAUAAAAUAGAUGCUAAACUUUUUGAAGUUCAGAGUGAGCGACUUGAUGCUGUUUCCAAGGCCUUGAUUGCGGAUUUCGAACAAAAUGCUUUAAAGUUGAAGCGCAAAUCAUCAAAAGAUGGUGAUGUACACUUCGGUGAAAUAUUGGAUUCUUCAAAUAGCAAAUGCGUGGAAGCCUUUACCCGUGUCAUAUCUAUUUACAAAAUGUCCAAUGGCGUGACUUUUUCUAAGCAACUGGAAGACUUCAAAGUGAUAUUGCAUAAAUCCGGAUUGGAGCUUAAAAUGAAAGAAAGAGAACGUCUUGUAUCGAAAAUAACUAAGAAAUUUCAGUUGAGAUUUAAAGAAAAAGUUAUCAUAAUUUUGUCAAACCCAUCUACCGACAGCUGGGAUAAAAUUUUAGCAUAUUUCCAUGAAUUAGAGGAUAAGUUGGUGAAGAAGUAUAUUGUUAAAGGAAAGGAAUCAGAUUCGAAGUUUGACUUUUUGUUGGGAUUGGAUGAAAAUACAAACAAAGAUACCGGAGCCCAGAUUGAGAAGGCAUUGUGGCUUAAAUUUAAAGAUAUCAUACAUGAUUUCAUCACUGAAGAAACAGUAUCAAGAAUAUUGCGCAAUAAGUUUGAAGAUGCCUUCAAGUAUGAUAGUGAUGGUACGCCAACGUUGUGGAGAAGUGUUGCUCAGGUAGACAGCAGGUUUACUAAAGCUCGAACUGAUGCUGUAUCACUUCUUCCCGUGCUUAGCACUGCUAUUCUUGAGGAGGGACAAGAAAUUAUUCCUGAUGUUGACAUUUCUCAUAAGGAUGAUGAAGAUGACGAAGAUGAUGAGGACUACGAUGGUGAUAUUCCUCUGCACUUUUUUGGUCAUUUAUUAUCAGCUCGUCAGCAGAGCAAUAUUUCGAGACGUCUUAGAAGAGAAACGGACGCAAUUUAUGUUGAUGCCAAGAGAUCUGUCAUAGCUGGGCAGACGCAUAUUCCAUGGUGGAUGUAUGUUCUCGUUGUUGCUUUAGGAUGGAACGAAAUUACCGCCAUUCUUCGUAACCCAGCUUUAGUAAUGUUAUUGGUCAUAGGAGCUUCCAUUCUUUAUUUUGCAUAUAAUAUGCAGAUGUUGGGUCCAAUGAUAAGUGUUGGAAAAGCCACUUUGAAUCAAGCUAAAGUGGUGACAAAAAAGAAGCUGCGUGAUAUUUUGCUUGAUGAAGAUUAUGAGAAGAAAUCGAAUGAGAGGGAUGAUCAGAACACUACUGAGAGCAUUGAACUCGAAGAUUGGAAUGAAAAAGUUGAGAAGUCAAAUUAA